CUCUACGUCACCAGAAACUAGAAAGCGCUCCACCUUCAAGAGACGAGCAAAAGGACGUAAACUUUAGCCUCUCUCAAUCUCAAAUCUCACUUUUGGCAAACUCCCCUUUUCACUUCCACUGAUCGGAAACGGGACCAUAUUUUCGAAUCUCGAAUACCUUUUCGUUGCUUUCUCUUCCUAAUUUUUCACUUUCCAAUAGAACAAGGAAAUAUGCUUUGGCCGUCACUUCCCUGUGAUUCCACUUCCGCUGCUAAAAUGCCUUUCUUUGCUUUACCUUUCGCUAAUAACAGCACCAGCAGCAUUGCCCCUUCUUCUGCUGGACCUUCUCGUGUUCUGGACAUGGGAUUGAAGUUGAGUAAACAAGCUUCCAGUAGCAGUGGCCGUCGAAUUUUUAGUCAGACAAAGGUUCGUUAUAAGGAUAGAAAGCCCAGUGUUUAUGGUCGUGGUGCCCAAGAACGGGUGCUUGAGGAGAAGGAAGCGUCUCAAAUGUCGGAAACCGACCCGACUUUGAAAAUUUUCCCAGGUCAGGCAUUUCCAUUGGGCGUAUCUAAAGUUGAUAACGGGAUCAAUUUUGCUAUUUUUUCACAGCAUGCCACUUCUGUCACUCUUUGCCUAUCUCUCCCUCAAAGGGAAGCAAAUGAAAGGCUGGGUGGUAGCUUGAUUGAGCUGGCAUUGGAUCCUCAUGUGAAUAAAACAGGAGACAUUUGGCAUAUCUGUAUUGAGGAUUUACCUUGUAGCAAUGUGCUUUAUGGUUAUCGGAUAGAUGGUCCUCAAAAUUGGCACCAGGGGCAUCGAUUUGACAGGAGCAUCAUACUUUUAGAUCCUUAUGCUAAGCUAGUUGAAGGUCGCCGAUAUUUUGGAGAUGCUAGCCUUAAGUUGUCUAAAUUUCUUGGUACUUAUGAUUUUGAUAGCUUGCCUUUUGACUGGGGAGAUAACUACAAGCUUCCAAAUAUACCAGAGAAAGAUCUUGUGAUAUAUGAAAUGAAUGUUCGUGCAUUUACAGCUGAUAAAUCUAGUGGCUUAGAUCCAAAAAUACGUGGGAGUUACCUUGGUGUAAUUGAAAAGAUUCCGCAUCUUCUAGAGCUGGGUGUCAAUGCAGUGGAGUUGCUGCCUGUGUUUGAAUUUGAUGAAUUUGAGUUUCAGAGACGCCCAAACCCCAGAGAUCACAUGAUCAAUACAUGGGGCUAUUCAACAAUAAAUUUCUUUGCUCCUAUGAGUCGCUAUGCUAGUGGUGGUGGAGGACCUUGUAAUGCAUCUCGAGAAUUUAAGGAAAUGGUCAAAGCCUUGCAUGGUGCUGGCAUUGAGGUUAUUUUGGAUGUCGUCUAUAAUCACACAAAUGAGGUAGACGACCAAAAUCCUUAUACCACUUCAUUCCGUGGCAUAGAUAAUAAGGUUUAUUACAUGUUGGACCCAAAUAACAAUGGCCAGUUGCUUAACUUUUCUGGAUGUGGGAACACAUUAAAUUGUAAUCAUCCUGUGGUCAUGGAGCUCAUCCUAGAGAGCCUAAGACACUGGGUCACUGAAUACCAUGUGGAUGGAUUUCGAUUUGACCUGGCCAGCGUACUUUGUCGUGGAAUUGAUGGCACUCCACUUAGUGCUCCCCCAGUUAUUAGGGCAAUUGCCAAAGACCCUAUCCUAUCAAGGUGUAAAAUUAUUGCAGAACCUUGGGAUUGUGGAGGCCUUUAUCUGGUUGGAAAAUUUCCUAACUGGGACAGGUGGGCUGAGUGGAAUGGGAAGUACCGUGAUGACUUGAGAAGAUUUAUUAAGGGUGAUUCUGGUAUGAAAGGGAGUUUUGCAACUCAUGUUGCUGGAUCUGCUGACCUGUACAGAGUGAAUAAGCGCAAGCCUUUUCAUAGCAUUAAUUUUGUAAUAGCACACGAUGGAUUCACACUGCAUGAUCUUGUUUCAUACAAUUUUAAGCAUAAUGAUGCCAAUGGAGAAGGUGGGAAUGAUGGAAGCAAUGACAAUUUUAGUUGGAAUUGUGGCUUUGAAGGAGAAACUGAUGAUCCUUCAAUUAAAGCUUUACGCUCUCGCCAAAUGAAAAAUUUCCAUUUGGCAUUAAUGUUAUCUCAGGGAACACCAAUGAUGUUAAUGGGGGAUGAAUAUGGGCAUACUCGCUAUGGAAAUAACAAUAGUUAUGGGCAUGACACUUCUAUUAACAAUUUCCAGUGGGGAUUUUUGGAUAAACAAAGGAAUAGUCAGUUCAGGUUUUUCUCUGAGGUGAUAAAGUUUCGAAAAAUGCAUCAAGUAUUUCGUCAUGAAAAUUUUCUCAGCAAAAAUGAUGUGACAUGGCAUGAAGACAACUGGGACAAUUAUGAAAGCAAAUUCCUUGCAUUUACCCUUCAUAACAGCAAUGGAUCUGAUAUCUAUUUGGCGUUUAAUGCUCAUGACUACUAUGUUAAAGUUUUGAUACCCCCUCCACCAUCAAAGAGGCGUUGGUUUCGUGUGGUGGACACCAAUCUUUCAUCUCCAGACGACUUUGUUCCUGAAGGUCUCCCAGGCAUUGGGAAUUCCUAUAAUGUAGCUCCAUUCUCGUCGAUUGUUCUUGAAGCUAAACUGAUGUAAUGGCAAGUUGCUAACAGACGAGUGUUUCGAGUCACUUGCCCCGCUAUGAAGCAUCUGAUUAUUGAAGAUAGGAAAAGAUCUAAAGCUUCCAUGCUUCCAGAAUAUCUUUAUAGCUGAAGUGGGUGAAUACUCCACUGAUGAUUGAAUCCAAUCAAGAAGACCCGAGCAAGCUCAGAAGUUAUCAUUUAAUACCUUUUGGUGUAAGCUUGCUUUGUUACACGAAUCCAUACAAUGAUUUAAACUUUUGCUAUGGACACAAGCUUUGUCAAAUCAAUAGAUGUGGCAGGCAAACACAUCUUAUGCAUGUAAUCAAAAUUUGUUAUAUGCUGAAAAUUCCUGUUAAAUCACUAAAGAGCAGCUGCUAAUAGACAAAAGUUGUUUUUUCCUUUUUA